AUGGUGAAAGAGCUGCAGAGCGCCGAGGAUGGCGGCGGCGGCGGCGUGGUUGGCCGUGGCCACGUGGACAUACUGAGCACCGAGGAGCUGGAGUGUAAGAUCUGCUACUGCGCCUACAACCUGGGGAGUCGCAGGCCGAAGGUGCUCGAGUGCUGCCACCGCCUGUGCGCCAAGUGCCUCGCCAAGAUCCUGGACCUGGGCGAGUCGCCCCCCAACGCCCUGGUGUGCCCGUUCUGCCGCUACGUCACCAGGCUGCCGGGGCAGGCGGUGAGCGGCCUGCCAGACGACUGCAACCUGGCGGCGGCGCUGGCGUUCCGGAGCAGGAAUCAGAGGAACCUCCACUUCCACCAGGAGGCGACCACGGAGCUGCUCCUCAGCCCCGGGCGCCUGAGCUCCCUCCUGGGUAGCAACCCACCUUUGACAUCCCCUUCCCCCUCCUCCUCCUCCUCUAACUUUGUGGUCAUCACCAUCAUGGAGCCUCCUCCGCUGUUGCCGUCAUCCACCCAAGACCUCCGCCUCCACCGCCAGCCACGUGGAUACCGCUCAUCCAGCCCGGACUCCAUGGCGUCCAUCACGCAGAGGUGGACGGUGUGGAACUGUGCGGCCCUCCUGUGCCAGACCUCGGCCCGGGCGCUGGUGUGGGUCCUGGGCCUGCUGUACUUCAGCUCGCUGCCCAUGGGGGUCUACCUGCUCAUCAUGCAGAGGACAACGGUCGGGGUGCUGCUGGUGAGCCUGGUUCCCGCCAGCCUGGUCAUGAUCAUGGUGUACGGGUUCUGCCAGUGUGUCUGCCACGAGUUGUGGGACUGCAUGCCGCCGGACUGGGCUCAACAAUGGGUCUCCGGAACUCACUAA